AUGGGCUACCUGCAAGCACAUCCUCGAGGCAUUAUAUUCGACCUUGGCGAUGUUCUCUUCACCUGGUCCGCCAAUACAAAAACCACCAUUCCAGCUCGCAAGCUGAAAGAGAUUCGCUCAAGGCCCGUGUGGUUUAGUUACGAAUGUGGUCAGAUCACCCGAGAUGCAUGUUACGAACUGUCUGCUCAAGAGUUCUCUAUCCCAGCGUCUGAGAUCGCAGAGGCAUUUCUUCAGGCUCGCAAGUCUCUACAACGAAAUGACGCUAUCAUCUCGUUCCUUCGCGACCUGAGGAAGGACCCCACGAUUCAGGUGUAUGCCAUGUCAAAUGUUGGCAAAGAAGAUUUCGACGAACUCGCAACAGAAAUGGAAUGGGCCCUGUUUGGCCAAGUGUUCACUUCAGCAGCGGCAGGUAUGCGAAAGCCAGACCUGGGAUUCUACAGCCAUGUCCUUGACUGCAUCGGUCUAGCCGGCAACCAGCCCAUCUUCAUUGACGAUAAGACUGAAAAUGUCCAUGCAGCCCAGGCAUUGGGCAUGCGGGGACUGACUUUUGAAGGAUCGACGAUUCGAACGCUACAACAUAUGUUUGAUGGUUCAAUCAGCAGAGGCUGGAAGUAUCUGUUUCAAAACGCGAAGCGCUGUCAUUCGAUCACGAACAGUGGAGUCGCUUUCGCAGAUAAUUUUGCGAGGCUAUUGAUUCUGGGAUCCAAGACUACGUGGAAUUUCUUCGCCGACGAGCCUGCACUUAUCCCGGAGGGCAUAUUCCCUGAUGAUCUUGACACCACGUCUCUCGCCCUCACAGCUCUUCAGCCAUCAUCGCCAAAGACCGUCUCCUUGGUUCUCGAUACAAUGGCCGGAUAUGUCAAUGACGACGGUACUUUCCAGUCUCGAGUGCGUGAACGCUUCGGCAUGGGCGGCAACGCAUUGGAUCUUGCCAUGCGCAUCAUCACGUGCACCCAGAUGGGGAUCACGUGUGAGGACGACCGCUGCGCUUUACUCGACAUGCAGUGCGAAGAUGGGGGUUGGGAAGUUGGUUGGCUUCAUCGAUAUGGUUCAACGGGUGUCAAGAUUGGGAACCGCAGUGUGACUACUGCCAUGUCGAUUGCAGCACUUUCGUCUUGA